CCCUUUCAGCGUCCCCGCAGCCCACCGCCCUUUCAAGGCAUAAAAAUAAACAAAGCAGCAGUCUUUGUUUUCCCUCUUUUCAUCAGUUCACAUUUUCUUUCUUUUCCUUAACUCCGCGGCGUAGAUCCGAGGAGUUUCGGAAACAAAAUCACAGCUUUAGCAAAACCCUAUUUCGGCCUUCUUUCGCAAACCUCUCUUUUUCUCUUCAGAUCUUCAUCUCAUCGCUACUAUUUGCGAGUCAUGGCUGGCAUUGCACCGGAGGGAUCUCAAUUUGAUGCGCGUCAAUAUGAUGCUAAAAUGACCGAGUUGCUUGGUACUGAUGGUGGUCAGGAAUUCUUCACUUCUUAUGAUGAGGUUUAUGACAGUUUUGAUUCAAUGGGGUUGCAAGAGAACCUUCUCAGGGGCAUUUAUGCUUAUGGUUUUGAGAAGCCCUCUGCUAUUCAACAAAGGGGAAUUGUUCCUUUUUGCAAGGGACUGGAUGUUAUUCAGCAGGCACAGUCUGGAACCGGAAAGACAGCAACUUUCUGUUCAGGAAUCCUCCAGCAGCUAGACUAUAGUGUGGUUGAGUGUCAGGCUCUUGUUCUUGCCCCCACCCGUGAGCUUGCGCAGCAAAUUGAGAAGGUUAUGCGUGCUCUGGGUGACUACCUUGGUGUGAAGGUUCACGCUUGCGUGGGAGGUACCAGUGUCCGUGAGGAUCAGCGCAUUCUUUCCAGUGGGGUUCAUGUUGUAGUUGGUACUCCUGGUCGUGUAUUUGACAUGUUGAGGAGACAGUCACUUCGCCCUGAUUACAUCAAGAUGUUUGUGCUGGAUGAAGCUGAUGAAAUGCUUUCCAGAGGUUUCAAGGAUCAGAUUUAUGAUAUUUUCCAGCUCUUGCCACCCAAGAUUCAGGUUGGUGUAUUCUCAGCUACAAUGCCACCUGAGGCACUUGAAAUCACAAGGAAGUUCAUGAACAAGCCAGUAAGGAUUCUUGUGAAGCGUGAUGAGCUUACUCUUGAAGGUAUCAAGCAAUUCUAUGUCAAUGUUGAAAAGGAGGAAUGGAAGCUUGAAACACUUUGCGAUCUUUAUGAGACCCUUGCCAUUACCCAGAGUGUCAUCUUUGUUAACACCAGGCGUAAGGUGGACUGGCUCACUGAUAAAAUGCGUAGCCGUGACCACACAGUCUCAGCCACCCACGGGGACAUGGACCAGAACACCAGAGACAUCAUCAUGCGGGAAUUCCGCUCUGGUUCCUCUCGUGUGCUUAUCACAACUGAUCUUCUGGCCCGUGGUAUUGAUGUCCAACAAGUCUCACUUGUUAUCAACUAUGAUCUCCCAACUCAGCCAGAAAAUUACCUCCAUCGUAUUGGUCGUAGUGGACGAUUUGGAAGGAAGGGUGUUGCUAUCAACUUUGUUACUCGUGAUGACGAGCGCAUGCUCUUUGACAUACAGAAGUUUUAUAAUGUUGUAAUUGAGGAGCUGCCAGCCAAUGUUGCUGAUCUCCUUUGAAGAGGUUUUGGUAAGGGCAAGGUAAAUUUUUCCUUGUUUGGAGUAAUUUUAUAUCUUAUUUCGUAGGUUUAGCUAAAAAGUGUACCAGACUUGAAAUUGGGAGCUGCGGGUGCAAUGAUUUACCAAGGGCACUUGCAUCUCUCAGUUUGGUUUAAAAUCAGAACCUGUUCUUGGAAAUUUUUGUUGGUUGUCUUUGUAUUGUAAGUGCUCAAAAUAACUGCUGAUUUGGAGUUGUUUGAAUAUUAUUGAGUUCUACAGUUAGCUUGUCUUUGUGUUUGACCAUGUA